AUGGCGACUUUCAAACCCCUCGUCCCACCACACAUCAUACCCCACGAUGACCAAAAUCCCAAUAGUCCACUGCCUUUCCCAGGCGACCGUCCAUCAAUCUCAGCCGCGAUUCGGGAUAACAUGACCCUCUCCAGCUGGCUGCUCAUAGGUGGUUUACUCCAGGGCCUAAGCCUAAUGGCCCUAGGCCCGAUAACAAUCUUGCCAACGGCUCUCAUCCUAACAUACCGCGUCGUGGACCACGCAUUAAUGAGCCUGGGCAUUACUCGCAACCGCUACCUACAAGACGUGAUCCAUCAAAAAUACAGUCCACAAAUCCCCUACCCAGAUGGAAGUUUCGGCACCGAGCCCUCCCGCGACCAAGUCGUGGUCUUCCACCUCGGCACACGGAGUAAUCACCCGCUCGGCCUCCUCGCGCCCGGCAUGAAAGGACUCGGCGAAGUCUUCCUCCCAAUGAUCAGAGACAUGCAAGCAGACCCCGAAAAAUCCGGUCUUUUAGGCGUAUCCCGCUGGAUCAAGCAAGACGAUGCCGCCGGAAACGAAACUAUCACCAUAUUCUACCUGCGCGACUAUGAAUCUCUGCAUCGCUUUGCGUACGGCGACCUACAUAUGAACGGAGUGCGGUACUGGAAUAAGAUUUUUAAGAAAAGUCCGCAUAUAUCGAUUUACCAUGAGACUUAUGUUGUUCCGAGGGGACACUGGGAGGCGAUUUAUAUUAAUAGUAAGCCAACGGGCUUGGGGGAUACUUGGUUUCGGUUUAAAGAUAAGGAGGAUGGGGCGCGGGGAUUUGUGAGGCCGAUUGUGGAUGCUCGUACGGGGAUUUUGAAGUCGAAGACGGGACGGUUGUCGAUGGCUAGUAUGGAGAAGGUGAGGGAGUAUGAUGAGGCUUAUGGGGAGUCCUAUGUGGGUUGA